UGCGUCACACGCCAGGAGGGAGUUUUCCACUGACGAAAAGACUGCGCUGCUCAGCCGUCUGCUUCAGACAAGAGGAACAGCUUCAGCUGCUGCUUCAGUACGCCGAGCGCACAAUAGCCACACGGACAGAGCGUGAUCUCUAUACGGAUAAACGCGCCAUCGUAUCACUUGGAUUAUUACCGCUUCUUCUUUUCCUCUAUUGUGAUAUACUAAUGCUGAUCGGACACGUUAUUGAUCACCAAACGCUAGCGCCAUGAGCGGGGUUCUCAAAAGGAAGUAUAAGGAGGUGGAGGAGGACCAGUGUUACUCUUCCUCCUCCCCUUCCUCUCUCUCCUCCUCUGCCUACUCAGAGUGGGACUCAGAUGGGGAGAGCUGCUACUCCGACACCCUGGAUUCAACCCCCAGCAACCCCAGCUCCCCAGCAACAUCCUUAAACACCACAUCUAUCCUGAAGAAGGCCAAGCGCACACGGCGAGGCAAUGUGCAGUUUGACCAGGUUACGGUCUUCUUCUUUCCUCGCUGUCAGGGCUUCACCAGCGUGCCAAGCCGGGGAGGUUGCACCCUUGGCAUGGUGCAGAGGCACAGUGCCAAGCGCUGCUACACGUUAGCGGAGUUUGCCAUAGCACAGCGCCACCUACGGCGAGAGAAAAUCAAAAACCGAUUGAGGGAGGAGAAACUGGAAGCUCUGAAGCUGAAGCUUACCAAAAAUGGUACCCAAGUGUCCGAAGAGGCUGACAGGUUGACUAUCGAUGACAUUCCAGAGGAUGAAAUUGACCUCAGCGGAGUAAACUUGGAUGAUGGCUCUUUCCUGCAUCCCUACCCCUCUAAGAGAAGAUACGCCAUCCUCAAAGCCGCUGGCGUGAAGAAAAUCGAUAAAGAUGAGAAGCAUCAACUGCAUGAGUUGCGUGCAUCAAGAGAAGACUGCGGAUGCGACUGCCAGGGCUUCUGUGAGCCGGAGAGCUGCAGCUGUAGUCUGGCUGGGAUCAAAUGUCAGAUGGACCAUUCAUCCUUCCCAUGUGGCUGCACUAAAGAUGGCUGUGGGAACACAGAAGGCCGCAUCGAGUUCAACUCCAGCCGAGUUCAGACCCACUACAUCCACACUAUCAUGAAGCUAGAGCUAGAGAAGCGUUUGCAGGAGCACACGCCAGAGAAUGAGACGCCCUCUGAAGAUCAGCCAGACUGCAGUUCCCCAAGCCACCCAGCAGAGAGCAGCACCACGCCAGACAGACCCACGUUUCACUUCAACUCAGAGCUAGUAGCUUCGGGAGAGAACAGUUGUAGCAGCGACAUGACCGAUUCAUCUAGUUCUUCAGGCCAGAGCGAGGACUCAGAAUCCACGGAAAAUGCUCAGAGCGAGCAGUCGCCGCUAGGCGUCGACGAAAACGGACUCACGAGAAUCCUAAGCUUUAGCGACACAGACAAUGAGGAUUGUUUUGUCAGGGAGCGCAACAAUAACAACAACAAUAACAACAACUGCGACUACCAGCUGAAAAAGAGUGAGUUAAUGGGCUACGGCAUCUUCAGCACGACAGACAACAUGACGGACAACAGCCGCACAGCCAUGUCUGAGCUCUUAGACGAGAACGCUAAUCAAGGUAACGCCCUAUUCCACAGCACCUCCGUCCCCCACACGCCCUCGCCCUCAAUCGAUCACUCGGCCAGCUACAUGGACCUGAGCCUGUCAUCCGAAUCAGACCUGGAGUUCUUUGACAGCUUUCCUUGUCUUGGACCGAGCUCGUUGUACAACUCCUUAAAGGAGUACGAACACAUGGACACCUUCUUUCAGUUCCAGCUGCCUACUUACCCCACUUCCAAGGCCACGGACCCAGGCACAUGUCUCCUGGAGUCUCUGAUUGGCUUGUCGGAUUCUGUCCCAGAACCGCCGGCCACCUUCACGGACAAUCAAAUGCUAGAAGAUGCCAUGAAGCUGUCAGUGAUGGAGUCUGUCAAAGUCUAAUGGGGGAUCACUGUACAAAUGAACUAGGUGAUUGUAAAUGAAUUCUAUACAUUUAGUUUUUCUUUACUUUAUGAAUGAAGACCCUCCAUCCCAGGAUAUCAAUAUUUGCAUUAUCUGCCUUUAAGAUGUUAGCAUUAAGUUAUUGUAACAAUCUUUAUUAUCAUUAUUGCCAUUGCUGUGGCAGCUAACAUUUCAGUUCAAAAACAAGUCUGGCCGACUAAAUUUUUGAAUUUUUGUACAUAUGGCCAGGAAGGUGAAGAUCUUCUCACCCACAUUGGAGGUAUUAUCAACAUUUACCAUUAUUAUUAUUAUUAUUAUUGCUAUUAUAAGGUUAUUUAUAUAAAUUCAGAAGGGGCACCAGUGGGAGUCAUAAUGCUGAUUAUGUAUCUCAGGGACUUUUUCUAGCUUUCAGAAGCAAUGCAUUUUGACCAUCGCUGUUAUUUGGCGUUUUUUCAGAGAAUUUUCACCAAAACAAACAGCAUUUAAACGAGCCCUUUUGGAGGGGUCUCUUUUUGGACUUGAGAUGGUGGUCUGCACUUUUUUUUGCAAAGCUAGAGGAAGACUCCUGUUCCACAAAACGGCUUCUUGGGAUUUACUAACGGUACACAAAUCCCCCAGAGACUCCUCAGUUAGCACUUUAUCUGUGAUAAAAAUGAACCAAUCAGAGCGCAGAUGGGUUCAUGUCGGCCCCAUUGCCUCUGAAUCUAAGAUUGUUUUCAUGCCAUUUUAUGGUGUUGGAUCAUCAGCACAAGGUGGAGAAAAGUGAACACUUUCCUUUUAAUUUAUUCUACACGCCGCAGAUAUCUCAUAAUGUAACUGAUAUCUGUUGACCAUUAUUUCAAAUUGCUUUUAUUUAUUCUUAGCAAGUUAUUUAUUUUUUUUCUCCGAAUGCCAGCUGAAUAUUAUCUGAGCCACACUGUGCUCGGGAGAAGUGGAAAUAAUGCAGCUCGUUCACGUUUCUCACCUACAUUAACCUGUGUGAAGCACAUCUUUAUGUUUCAGCUGUGGAGGAAGGGGCACCAACUGCAAAGUAUUUAAUAAUCUAUUCUAUGAAGUAACACUUUUUUUUUUUUCACAUUUAGAAUUUCAGCAUUAGAACUUAAUUUAUUCAUGGUUUGGGCAAUAAAGAGAAAGGUGUGUUUAACAAAAGAAAAGUUUAGUCUUUGUGCCUGUUAACACGAGGAGUCGCUGUUUCCUGUUUAAUGAAUGAGAUGAUGCUGUAUAACCUACCUAUUGAUUAAAAAUCAGUUUCUGAUGACGUUGCCUA